AACGUAGCUCGUGAUCGCAACGGCCUAGAUCCGCUUGAUUCCAUGACAAUCCCUGCCAUUAUUAUGAUCGGCACUCGUCCCGUUUUCUACAAAAUACCGGUCACUCAGCAGCUGAGCGAUGCCAUUGCUAUGGCUCAGUACCCUGUCUCGAAAACAGAUGUUUUCAAGUGUGUAGUUGCGCCACACUCCCGUCGUCUGAGCGAAGGAAUGGAGGUUCCUGAGUUUAGGCGAGAGAUUUUGCAACAUUAUGAGGCUUUCAGAAGAACGUCGAAGGAAUGCUGGAGUUGUUUCACUAAUCUUACUGUGGUCAGACUUGUAACCUGACCGUUUUCCAUGCCCCUUCCUCUGCCCCUUUGCUCAUGAAUAGCAUAUUAUGGACCCGUUUUGAUGAUCGUGUACAUUAGAUUCGAGCA